AUGGGCGGAGAGCUGGGGAGCACCUGGGGCCAGGGGCACUGUUGUCGACACCCGAUCAGCCGGCAGAGACUGGACGGGCAGGAGGAGCUGCUGGCGGAACAGGUCCACCUCCUGCGGCAGAUCGUGCGCUGCCAGGCCGAAGACCUCUCCGAGUACGAGCGCGAGCACUCUCAGGCGCAGCCCAGGCCGCCGCUGGCCGCUCGCGCGGGUACGCCGCAGUCGGCGUCGACGCCCACGCUGGCGCGGGGGCAGCCCAGGGGGUCAGCGGGCAGCCACGCGGCGGAGCUUCGCGCCGCCGCGGCCGAGGUGGAGCGGCUGCACGCCGAGCUGGCGCUGUGGCGCAGCGCUGACGACAGGUGGAGCCUCGACCUCGGUCCGGCCGCCGUCGGCCCCGCGCUGGGCAGCUGCGAGCGGCCACUGGGGGUCGAUGAGCGUAGCCUUCUCGACCAGGAGCUGGCGCAGGUGCGCGAUCGCAUCGACGAGCUGAGCAGCCCCGCGCCGUUCCGGCGGCCCGAGCUCGCUGCCGCUGCGGCGGACGUCGCCGUGCUGCGCAGCGCUGUGGCCGCGGAGCGGCGCAGCCUGGUGCUCGCCGCGGAGCAGCUGUCGCUGGCGCGCAGAGCUCUGGAGGAGGACCGCGCGGCCCACGCCGCGGCCGCCGAUGCACUGGCGUCCGAGGAGGCCGCGCUGCUGGAUCGGCAGGUGGAGGCGGAGGCGGACCUGUCGAGGGCGCAGGCGGUGCAGCUGCUCGGCGUGCAGGAUGCUCUCGUAGCCCUGGGCCCGCAACUGCGGCGCGCCCGCGAGGAGGGGGCGGAGCUCCGGGCGUCGCUGGAGCAGAAUCAGGCGGCCCUGCGGCGAUUGGUGCAGUGA